UGGAAUUUCAGCCCAAGGCCCAGUAUCUUUUAGGGCCGGCGUUGUGCUCUAACCAAUCCCCUGUCUCCUAGGCCCUGGCGCUGCGCGAGGUCGAGCCAUAGACGGCGGCGGCGGGCGGGCGGGCAGCCGGAAGCGAGCAGCAGUCAACACCGGCAGGUGGCGGUCGCGCAGCGCCACAGAGGGAAGUCGGGUGAGGCCGUGAGUCAGCAGAUUGGCGACCGGAGAAAGGGGGAUCGGGCAUCGCCAAAUCGGAUACUCGUUUGGGCGAUUACUCCCUCGUGUCGACCAUUGGAACAGGAUUGCACAAGGCGAGGAGCUUCAGGCCUCAUCCGACACUUUACUCUCCCUAUGACACUGGACCCCACUUGUCAUCCCUAACCUCCAGCUGCUUGUGUGAUAAGGGAGGCAACAGGCAAGGAGAGCUUGACGCCUCGACAGGAGCAAGCAGGGUCAGGGAGGAGCAGAGAUUCUUGGCGUGGUAGUUCCGGUGCUUGGCGUGAAGUGAAGUGGAGAAUGAAACAUGCUGUUGGACUACUCGAUGGAGAGAGUAGGAAGGAAAAAAAGCUUCCAGCUUCUUUGCAUCUCGCUGGGGAAAAUGGAUUGAGAGGAGAGGAGAAAGGAGAUUGGCCGUGCUUGCGUGAGGGGAUUAAGCAGAGAGCAGAGGUUUUGCUGCUUGCCGCUUGCUCCCCACUUGCUCACCGAGAGGAGGGGGGCACCUCGUGUCCUCGUCCAUGGAGGAUGUGUACUUGGGGUGGGCGACGAGCUGCUGUCGGGUGAGGCCUGAAGCUCUGUGUUGUACUAGUUUUAACGGAUAGUGGGGUUUCUGGGUGAAUCAAGAUGUCUGGAAAUGAUGAUAAGUCCCAGGCUGCGGCGGACAAAAUAAAGGCAGCCACGUUAUCAGCGGCUAAGGGAUUGAGCAGGGCUCAAGCUGAGCGCGCUGCGGCUGCUGCUGCCCGCAAUGUCAAUGCCUAUGGGCAGAAGGAAGAGGGGCCAAGCCGCUGGCAGGAGAGGAAGGAAGCUAAGAGACAGAUGUAUCUGAUGAGUACAGAGAAGGCUGCGAUACUGGGUACUGUGAAGCCAAAAGCUCCAGAAGCUUCUUCUGGUGGGGCAUAUACCCAAUGUCAGAAGUGUUUCCAGCAUGGUCACUGGACCUACGAGUGCAAAAACGAGCGGGUGUAUAUGUCACGUCCCUCCAGAACGCAGCAGCUUAAGAAUCCCAAGUUGAAGAAAAGUGUACCGCCGGUUUCUUAUCAGUUCGAGAAUCCUGAUCUUAUAAAGGAGAGGGAAGCUGAGAAGAAGUUGAUGAAAGAAAAGAGGAAGAAGGAAAAAUCUGAAAGAAGAAAGGGAAAGAGUAAGAGGAAGCAUCGUUCACCGAGUGAUUCUGAUAGCAAUAGAAGUGAUGCUUCAGUGUUUGACUCUGGCUCUGAAUCAUCAGCGACUGGCUCUGAAUAUUCUUCCGGAAGCAGUUCAAGUUACAGCUCCUCCGACUCGGAGGACAAGAAGCGGCAACACAGGAGGAAGCAAAAGAAGCGAAGGCACCAGAGGGACAGCACAUCAUCAGCUUCAUCUGAAUCUGAAUCUGCCUCAGACAGCGAUUCUGAUGAUAGCAGAAGCAGGAGGAAGAAUAAAAGGAGGAGCGGUGGUAGGCGCUGAGUUCGAAGAACUGGAGAAGGCAAUGUGGAUGUUGAAUAUCAUGAUAUACUUUUGUUCAAUUCACGACUAUCUUCUUCUUCAGACCUGCAUGUGCCGGGCGUUCUCCAAGAAACAAAUGUUGCAUUUGCUUUCCUGAAUGCUAGAACUGAUAUAUUUCCCUGUACUAUGAAAGUGCCUAAAGCUCUGGGUGUUCCUAUUCUAUGGUAUUUGUGAGAACCAUUGAAUCCUGUAACAAUAUUCGCCUAUGAAUUUCAAAAUUUGGCGAGCUUAUCAUCCUGAUAGUUAUUUUUGUUAUAUCAUUAUUAAAAUCUUGGGCUCA